AUGCCAAGUGUUAGUAAAUGUGCUAUGUCAGAGAUGAUUCCCUUACACAUUUGCUUUAAUGCUGCGCUGUCUGUAUGUACUUCCAGUAAAGAUAACAUAGUUCUUUUGAAAACUUCCUCUCAUUCAUUAGUCAAAAAUGCUGUGUUUCGGGCACAAAGUCUAGUGGAAUCGCACACAUGGGAAAUGACAUUCAACAAAAAUCGACUGUCUGUAUCAAAGCUAACAAUUUGGUGCUACCUCCACCAAGUACUGAUUUCAGUGUUUUUUUCGACUGUAUCCAAAACAAAUGUUAGCAAACCUGAUAACCUUGACCUUCCCUUGUUGAUUUUAGGACCAAGAAAAGUUAUUAAGAAAGUCAAAUUUUUCCUUUCCCACUGCAUGUAUAUUGACAAGCACAGGUUUUGUUCAGGAGAAUCAAGAAAGUCUCGGGACGCUACAGUUAGACGUAUAGAAAGAAAAGUAUGUUUUCAUAUACGUGAUUCAAAACAGGCCUUUGAAAACUUACACAAGUAUAUUAAAAUUAGUUUAGAUAAAAUCAACAACGCGUUAAAAAUACACAAACAUUUAAUUUUGAUGCAUGCUUUUUUUUCUCUUGCUGUAAAAUUUAAUUUAAACGCUAUUACAGAUAUCAUAACUAUGUUCUUUUAA